UCGAUGAAGCCAACGCUCACUGUCCAAGAAAAAAGAUUGCACUGAGCCCUCGCCAAAGGAUGACGUGAGGAAGGUUGGGUUUAAACCGCACACACUGUACGUGAGAUGCAAGUAAACUGAUGAGAGUCCUGUCUUGAAGCCUACCACCGGCAUUCAAACACCGAAUGGAAACGUGAAGUAUUUUGAAAUGUGGCAAAAUAAAAUUAUUGAUGUUGAAUUAGGAAUGCGAGUUUAGAAAACACGUAGGCUAAAUGUCCAUUGAUCAAAUUAGAGAACUGUUUCAGCGUGAUACAUGAGAAUCAAAAUUGUCGCAUCCUCAACGUUUUUGUUUUCGGUAUAUGGACAUUGCGCGCUUCACAGCUGACCGUACCAUUGUGGGACAUUUUCCAACCCCAAAGGAAGGACACUGAAUUCAGCAGAUCCUUUAUUCAUUCAACACACCAGACAAAUUAUGACUGAGCCUUUCUACAGCUGAAGGAUAAUGUGAAGACCAUUGUUGAGGAUAUCAACUACAGUGCAGCCUGACUGAGAACAGUCUUAUUCAUUCCUGCCCUACAGCACUAGACAUUUAGUCUGGACUUGCCAUCUCUUAGAAGUCCUAUGGGGAUGUGGACGUGUUUGGAUAUAGGAUGGACUUACUGCGGCAGUACUAAGGGGCAGUCAUGUUCCCUGAUGUGGUGGCUGUUGGUCCUGAUGUCCAUCUCCCUAGCGAUGGGCCAAGGCCAGUCCCAGUCCCUCAACACCUUCCAGUCAGAGAGAAGGGAGUGGACCCUGAACCACCUGAUUGUGCACAAGACCACUGGAGCUCUCUAUGUUGGUGCUGUGAACCGGAUCUACAAGCUAUCUGCCAACCUGACCCUCCUGGUCUCUCAUGACACAGGGCCUGAGUACGACAACAAGGCCUGUUACCCUCCACUUAUAGUGCAGCCCUGCUCUGAGCCCCUGGCCUCCACUGACAACAUCAACAAACUGCUGCUCAUAGACUACUCCCACAACCGCCUGCUGGCCUGUGGCAGCCUCUACCAAGGCAUCUGUAAGCUAAUGCGACAGGACGACCUGUUUAUCCUGGUGGAGCCCACCCACAAGAAAGAGCACUACCUCUCCAGUGUCAACCAAACAGGCACCAUGUAUGGGGUCAUCGUGCCCUCCUCGCAGGGUCAGGACGGCACCCUGUUCAUCGGCACGGCCGUGGGUGGGAAGCAGGACUACUUCCCUACCAUCUCCAGCCGUAAACUGCCCCGUGACCCAGAGUCCUCUGCUAUGCUGGACUACGAGCUCCACACUGACUUUGUCUCCUCUCUCAUUAAGAUCCCCUCUGACACACUAGCUCUGGUCCCACGCUUUGACAUCUACUACAUCUACGGCUUCGCCAGCGGGAACUUUGUCUACUUCCUGACCGUGCAGCCAGAGACCCCAGAGAAUGGGAUGACUGCUGGCAGUUCCCCAGGUGACCUGUUCUACACAACCCGCAUCAUACGCCUCUGCAAAGGGGACAAGAAGUUCCACUCCUAUGUGUCUCUGCCAGUGGGCUGUGUACACAAGGGAGAGGAGUAUCGCCUCCUACAGGCCGCCCACCUGUCCAAGGCAGGGAAGGUACUGGCCAGGUCCCUCAACAUCAGUGCCCAGGAUGACGUCCUCUUUGCUGUGUUCACCAAGGGCCAGAAGCAGUACCACGAGCCCCUGGACAACUCGGCCCUGUGUAUCUUUACCAUCCGAGACAUCAACGCCCGCAUCAAAGAGCGCCUGCAGUCCUGCUACCAGGGAGAGGGCAACCUGGAACUACACUGGCUGCUGGGAAAGGACGUGCAGUGCACCAAGGCGCCUGUGCCUAUCGAUGAUCACUUCUGUGGGCUGGACAUCAACCAGCCCCUGGGGGGCUCCCAGCUGGUAGCUGGCCUGAUGGUGUACACUGAGACCAGGGACAGGCUGACCUCUGUCACCUCCUAUGUCUAUAACGGCUACAGCGUGGCCUUCAUUGGCACCAGGAGUGGCAGACUGAAGAAGAUCCGAGUGGAUGGGCCUCCUGAGGGCGGGGUGCAGUAUGAGACCCUGACCGUGAUGACAGGUGGCAGUCCUAUCCUCCGAGAAUUGGCCUUCACUCUGGACCGCAACUCUCUCUACGUCAUGUCUGACAAUCAGGUGACCAAGGUCCCAGUGGAGGCAUGUGAGCAAUAUGGGACCUGCGGAGAGUGUCUGAGCUCUGGGGAUCCUCAUUGCGGCUGGUGUGUCUUGCUCAACAUGUGUGCCAGAAGAGACCAGUGUCAGAGAGCAGAGGAGCCCUUCCGGUUCGCCACUGAUAUCGAACGUUGUGUGAAGGUUAUCGCUCACCCAGCCAGCAUCGCCGUGUCAGCACACAGUGUGCCCCUCCUGUUGGAGGUGAGCAAUGUGCCUGACCUCUCAGCUGGGAUCAGCUGUGCCUUUGGAGAGCAGGCAGAGAUGGAGGGUCAUGUCAACGGCAACAGAGUCAUGUGUCUGUCCCCGUCUGGCAAGGAGGUCCCACACAUACCUGAAGGACAAGACUGGUUGGGUGUGGAGCUGCGUCUGAACUCUAAGGAGACAGGUCAAAUGCUGGGCAGUACAGAGGUCAAGUUCUAUAACUGCAGCAUGCAUCACACGUGUCUGUCCUGUGUGAACAGUACCUUCCGCUGCCACUGGUGUAAAUACCGCAACCUGUGUACCCACAACCCCUCCAGCUGCUCCUUUCAGGAGGGCCGGGUCAAUGCCUCAGAGGACUGCCCCCAGCUGCUGCACUCUGGAGAGAUCCUGAUCCCAGCAGGGGAGGUGAGACCCAUCACCCUGAGGGCUCGGAACCUUCCCCAACCCCAGUCUGGCCAGCGUGGAUACGAGUGUGUGCUCCACGUCCAGGGAACCAACCACCGCAUCACCGCCCUGCGCUUUAACAGCUCCAGCGUGCAGUGUCAGAACAGCUCAUACAUCUAUGAGGGUGUAAGGAUCAGUGACCUGGCGGUGGACCUUUCUAUCGUUUGGAACGGCAAUUUCAUCAUCGACAAUCCCGAGAAGAUUAAAGUGCACCUGUAUAAGUGUGGUGCCCAGCGGGACAGCUGUGGCAUGUGUCUGCGGGCUGAGAGGAAGUUCCAGUGUGGCUGGUGCAGUGGAGAAGGCCGUUGCACCAUGAAGCAGCACUGCCCACCCAUCAGCCCCUACGCCAGCCGCUGGCUCAACCUGUCCGCCAGGAAUGUCAAGUGUACCAACCCACGCAUCACCGCGGUGAGCCCAGUGGCAGGGCCUCCAGAGGGGGGAACACUGAUCACCAUACAGGGCAUGAACCUGGGACUGUCCUUCUCAGAACUGUUGGGGAACGUGGAGGUGGCAGGGGUACAUUGCACUCCACAGGAAGAGGGCUACAUCACUGCAGAACAGAUUGUGUGUGAGAUGGACUCUACAUCUCAGGGAAGUGCACCUGGUCCAGUCCAGCUGUGUGUUGGUGAAUGUAGACCAGAACUACGAACUCAGUCCUCCCAGCUCUACUCCUUUGUGACCCCUACCAUGGUGGGACUGACCCCUUGCCGAGGGCCUGAGUCUGGGAGCACUAAGGUCACCAUUGUGGGGGAGAACCUGGGUGCUGGUAGCAGAGUGAACGUUACCUUUGGAAACCAGACCUGUGAGCUGUACAGGCGGACCAUGUCGGAGAUCGUGUGUUUCUCUGCCCCCUCUGUGACGGGCGCUGGCCUGGUGCAGGUCAGCCUCAAUGUGGAUCUGGCCAAGGUGCCAGGAAGCCUGAGCUUUGAAUACAUUGAGGAUCCCACAGUCCAGCGCAUCGAGCCAGAGUGGAGCAUAACUAGUGGACACACUACCCUGAUGGUGACGGGAACCAACCUGGAUGUGGUGCAGGAGCCGAGGGUCAGGGUCAAGUAUGCCGGUCACGAGUCUGUCAAUGUGUGUAAGGUGCUCAACACCACCACGAUAAGCUGCUUUGCUCCCUCCCUGAAGGCAGAGUACACACCGGACCAGGAGUCAGUGAAACACGUGGAGGAGUUUGGUUUUGUCUUCAACAACGUGCAGGCCCUGCUCACCUACAACAGCACCAGUUUCAUCUACUACCCCAAUCCUUACCUGGAGCCCCUCAGCUUGUCUGGGGUGCUGGAGCAGAAACCUGGCUCCCCCAUCAUACUCAAGGGGCGUAACCUGGUGCCCUCGGCAUCUGGCGGGGCCAGGUUGAACUACACUGUGCUGAUUGGGGUCACACCCUGCACCCUCACCGUCUCUGACACACAGCUACUCUGUGAGCCGCCCAACCUCACAGGCCAGCACAAAGUCCUGGUCCAGGUGGGUGGUCUCCACAUCUCUCCUGGUGCAGUCCACAUCCGUUCAGACAGCCUGCUCACCCUGCCUGCCAUAUUCAGCAUCACGGCUGGAGGAGGCCUGCUGCUCAUCAUAGUCUUCAUCGUCCUAUUGGCCUACAGACGCAAGUCGCACGAGAAUGACCUCACUCUCAAACGCCUGCAGAUGCAGAUGGACAACCUGGAGUCCCGGGUGGCUCUGGAGUGCAAGGAAGCUUUCGCUGAGCUGCAGACUGACAUCAACGAGCUGACCAGUGACCUGGACAGGGCUGGGAUCCCCCACCUGGACUACCGCACCUAUACCAUGAGGGUCCUCUUCCCUGGCUUUGAUGACCAUCCUGUACUCAGGGAGCUGGAGGUGUCUGGGAGCGGGCAGCAGGGUGUGGAGAAGGCUCUGAAGCAAUUUGCCCAGCUGGUGGAUAACAAAGUGUUCCUGCUGACAUUUAUCCAUACUCUGGAGCUCCAGCGCUCCUUCUCCAUGCGUGACCGCGGCUACGUGGCCUCGCUCAUCAUGACUGCGCUGCAGGGCCGCCUGGAGUACGCCACAGACGUGCUCAAACACCUCCUCUCUGACCUCAUAGAGCGCAACCUGGAGAGCAAGAACCACCCUAAACUACUGCUGCGCAGAACCGAGUCAGUUGCAGAGAAGAUGCUGACAAAUUGGUUUGCCUUCCUACUUCACAAAUUCCUUAAGGAGUGUGCAGGUGAGCCUCUCUUCAUGCUCUACUGUGCCAUAAAGCAGCAAAUGGAGAAGGGGCCUAUAGACUGCAUCACCGGGGAGGCUCGCUACUCCCUCAGUGAAGACAAACUCAUCCGCCAGCAGAUUGAAUACAAGACCCUGACUCUGAGCUGUGUGAACCCAGACAACGAGAACAGCCCCGAGUUCCCCGUCAAGGUGCUCAACUGUGACACCAUCACCCAGGUGAAGGAGAAGAUCCUGGAUGCUGUCUGUAGGAACAUGCACUUCUCCCAGAGGCCUCGGGCUGCGGACAUGGACCUGGAAUGGCGCCAGGGGAGGACGGCACGUGUGGUCCUGCAGGAUGAAGACAUCACCACUAAGAUUGAAGGCGACUGGAAGAGACUCAACACCCUCAUGCACUAUCAGGUGUCAGACCGCUGUGUGGUGGCCCUGGUGCCCAAGCAGAUGUCCUCGUACAACCUGCCCUCCUCAGCCAGCUUCCCACGCAGCAUCAGCAGAUAUGAUGUACCGUUCCGCUCCACCCCCACCAGUCCUGACAGCCCUCACUCCCGUGUGCCCAUGCUCACCCCGGACAUGGAGAGUGGGGUGAAAGUGUGGCACCUGGUCAAGAACCACGACCAUGGGGACCAGAAGGAGGGUGAGCGCGGCUCCAAGAUGGUGUCCGAGAUAUACCUGACCAGGCUACUGGCUACUAAGGGUACGCUGCAGAAGUUUGUGGAUGACCUGUUUGAGACGUUGUUCAGCACUGUGUGCCGGGGUAGUGCUCUUCCGCUCGCCAUCAAGUACAUGUUUGACUUCCUGGACGAGCAGGCUGACAAGCACGGCAUCCAUGACAUGGAUGUUCGCCACACAUGGAAAAGCAACUGCCUGCCUCUGCGCUUCUGGGUGAACGUGAUCAAGAACCCCCAGUUUGUGUUUGACAUCCAUAAAAGCAGCAUCACAGAUGCCUGUCUGUCUGUGGUGGCCCAGACCUUCAUGGACUCCUGCUCUACCUCAGAGCAUCGCCUGGGCAAGGACUCCCCAUCCACCAAGCUACUCUAUGCCAAGGACAUCCCCAACUACAAGAGCUGGGUGGAGAGGUACUACGCGGACAUAAACCGCCUACCUGCCAUCAGUGACCAGGACAUGAAUGCCUACCUGGCCGAGCAGGCCCGCCUUCACUCCAAUGAGUUCAAUGUGCUGAGUGCCCUCCAUGAGAUGUAUGGCUACGUCAGCAAGUACAGCCAAGAGAUCAUUGAGGCCCUGGAGCAGGAUGAUCAGGCCCAGAAGCAGAGGCUGGCCUACAAGGUGGAGCAGAUCAUCGCAGCCAUGUCUGUGGAGACAUGCUACACCAGAAGAGCAAGCAGCCCCAAAAGCAGCAGGUGAAGGGAACUGAACAACAGAAUAAUUCAGCCUGAGUGCUCAACAAGGGAAGAGCACAGAUAGACAAGCAAAUUCACCAAACACUGCUGUCCUCUCUCUGUCGGCUGCAAUGGGGCGACAUGUGGAGGUGUAAGGGAUGAGCAGGCAAUGAGAGACAACUAAGCAGUACUACAAAAACAAAAGUACAUGCAUAUCAUAGCCUUGGCCUUGGACUGACAUUUCCUUUUCAGUGGACAAGUCUAAUGUUGCAUCAUAAAGCCUUUAUGAAGCCUUAUGAAGGCUCUAUGAAGGUUAGUGAACUCUGCGAUUAGGUGACAUUAAAAUCUCCAGGUCAUCCAAGGUAGCAGAAUAUUUUGGUUUGGUUUCCACGCUGCCUGACACUCACUUUACCAGACACACUCUGAGCACUCUAUCAUAAAAAGCCACACAAAGCUCUUAUUACAGGGAGGGAGGUCAAUUCCAUUACGGCAUACUUUGGGCUGGAUUCAAUCAAAUCUGCCUUAGCAAUGUUUACACAGUAACUCUGCCUACUGCCUGUGCAAACAUGUGCCUAAAUCUGGAAACUGGAUGCAUUGCGAGGGGAGGUAAUCUGGAGCCCAAAACCUUUCUAUGAGUCUAUUUGAAUUUAUUUAUGCUGUUGUGUAAACACUGCAGUGCAGAUUUAAUUGAAUUAAGCCAUCAGAAUUAAGCACAUUUGUAAAGAGAACAAAUCUGGAUAGAAAACCAUUCAAAAUAUAUCCCUUAUUUAAAAAGAUCACUUCAGCCUGUUGACCCUUGCUCUUAGUUCAAAAAGUUUCUCAUGUUUCAUACUAUGUAAAAUGCCCUGUAGACAAAGUAGAAAUUACUUAUAGAAAAGUUUAACAAGGUGGUCUUAAGUUAUUAAGGCACUCUGGGGAUGACAGAAAUGAGGGAAGUGGAUUUCUAGGCCAUUUAUUUAACCAACUGUAUAUUAGCAGUGACCCAAAGUAGCCAAAUGGAGCUUCGGGAAUCAUUCCAUAGAGCUGGAAGAUUAAUUACACUUCCUGUGGGUCAGAUCAGUUUCCUCCUGGUUUAUGAGACCUCUCAGCCAUCAGUCAAUGUUUACAUUGAACAUGAUACUUGAAUUUCAGUAUAUCAUUGUUGUGUGUUAUACUUUCAGAGAAUCCUCAGGCUUCUAAAUAGCAUACUUUCAAAGGUGGAAACUCAAGUAGAAUGUACCUUUCUUUUAAAUAUGUCCCAUUAACGUUUUUAAAAGAUGAGGUCAAGAUGAGAGAAUAGCUUUUUAAAUGGUUUGAUUUUAACAUAUUCAAAUGACAAAUUAUUUUUGCUGCUGCAUUCACUGAGUGCCAUCUUAAAGAUUAUCAUUAUAAAACUGGGCUCUCCAUAGGAUUGAUUUAAUUCAGGGUUUCUGUUUGUUAUGUUUAUCUGCAUUGAAAUCAUUCAUUACGAACUUGAUGAUUUCUCCAUUAUUCUACAGUCAUUUUGACCAGUUACUUGUUCUGGGCCCGGUUUCACGAAAGCAUAGUUAAUCGUUAGACCCUUCUUCGUAGGAGCAUCAUUAAAUCUCUAAGCUGUUUCCCAAAACCAGCGUUAUAAACGUUGUACUUGGAAACGCUCGUAAUCUAACGCCUGCCUCAGACCACUCGUAGAACAGCUAAAUGCGUCCUUAGAUGCUUUUUUGCCCUCCCGCGUCACUUUAUACAUAGAAUAUCUCCAGUAAACAUAGAAUCACAUGGUUUAUCAGUUUCUGUGGCCUCGGAUAACCUCAGAACAAAGUUGACUACAAAUACAAAGUUGCCAAUGUCUUUGCAAUUGAUACAAACAAGUGACGUAUUAAAAUAUGCUUCAAAUCAAAACUGAGAUGGAUUCAUUAAAAUAUAAACAGUAGGCUAUAGGCCUAUUUCAUUUAUAUAGAAAUACAUUUCAUUUUCAAGGUGUGCGGUGUGGUCAGCAUGUUAGUUCCAUCGCUAUAGGGAAACCGGGCCCUGGUCAUUUUGGUCAACAUUGGAGGGCACUCCACAAAUAAAUAUUCGUAAAAUAGUUAAAACAAAAUAAGAAAACCCAUGUCCUGUUUAAGUGUUAAAUGUUUCAUGUGUGACGUUUUUAUGAUGAUAAUUUAUAAAUGUGUGGUGCAAUACACUGUAUGAAAUUUAGCAUUUAAUCUUUUUUAAACAAUAAAUUAUUGUAUAAAUAUUGUACAUACAAAACACUCCUAUUUUGCAAGCAAACGAUUCACUUUGUACUGUUGCUAUACAUUAAAAUGUCAAC